ACAAUUGUCGACCAAAUUUAAAUAGAAUUUAAUAAUUUUGUAAUCGUUUUUGGAUCACGAAUUACGUUUCGCAUCUCAGAAGUUUGCCCAGAUGUUUGGAUAGCAUCCCUUCCACACGCACAUUAUAUUUAUGUUUAAAGAGAGUCCAGGAGGUCGUAGAGUUCUUCUUGGAUCAUGUGCUGCUGCAUUUCCACCCACAAGCUCAAGCUGCUUGUCGUUUGCCUGACGCUCCUUGUGCAGAUUGAUGGCGAGCUAAAGGCCGCUAAUAAUGGCACCCUGCUGCUGUACUAUAGCAAAACCAAUUUCCUCGGCUAUCUGAUAACUCGCAUCUGCCUGGGCAUCUUUCUGGCCAUUUGGGCAUUCGCUGGCUUCAUUUCGCUGUUCUAUGACUCCGUCUGGGGUGUGGCCGCUUACUCCACUGGCAUUUGUUUUCUCACCGUCUUGGAUCUUUUUACACUGUACUAUCGCCAUGUAUUGCGAGAUCAGGGAUACUUUAUAAAUUCUGUGAAACUGGAACGACGCAACAAGCUGUCGCGUGUCGCCCAUACUCAUGAAACUUUGGACGAAGGCAUUGGCGAUGCAAUGCUUUUGACCAUCAACAUUGUUCAGGUAGCCGUUCAAGUUUCUGUCAACAUUGCCGGUUGGUGGCUGGCCGUUAGACUGCGAAGACAUCACCAGAACGAGGCCAAAUACGAGAGCGACAAGGCCUAUCUCGAGUCUCUGUUGAAAAGUCAUCCGCCUAUGCCGCCGCAAUCAAAUCCGCUGCAACAGCAACAGCAACAGCAGAAUCGGGCAUCGUUAACAAACGAAAAAGCACCAAAGAACGUCCAGAACAAAUGAAGACACAAGACCUCGGAUUCCACUUCGGAUAGCACCUCUGCUGCCCCUUCAACGCAAGUAUCUUCAUUGAAAUUAUAAUGCUGCCCGCUUGAGGCACGCCACUAUACAAGUUUUUGUAUUUUUGUUUGGGCUCGGACCCUCGAAAAAUUG